GAAAAAAAAAAGAAGAUGAGCAGCGUAAGGAAAGGGCCGCCAAAGCACCAAAAUAAAUUCGCUUGGAAACCUAACGCCGGUAUCAAAAUCAAUGAAACGGAAGUGGGUGGAAGAUUUAGGCCACGUUGUAGAGAGCAAAUUGAUUGGAAACGCAAAUAUGGAAAAUACAAACCUUCUAAGUGUCAGAAGUGUUCGAAAAGAAACGUGCGUCAAGCUUACCACAAUCUCUGCACUGGCUGUGCAAAGGAGCAUAAUGUAUGUGCCAAGUGUUCGUGUCGUGUUGGUCAAGUUGUUGGAAGAGAUAUUUCGGAAGUGGAGGCUGAGAAAAAGGCUCUUGAGGAGGCUAUCAAGAAUGCUCGUGAACGGGAUAGGAGAUCACUUUUACGUGCUAUGAACAAAGGGAAGUCUCAGAGUUCGGAGAAAAACCUAACUCAAAAUGACAUGAAGGUCGGUGAACUGUUUACAGCAUCAUCACUUGAGGAAUAUGCCGAGGCAAACCUCGAUGAUGAAGACGAUGAUGAUGAAGAUCAGGUCAAAGUUGUUUGAGAUGUGCAUUUUGGAGAAUAAAUUCCAAAUGGCCAUUCAUAGGUUUCCCUUCAUGGUCACUAAUUUGAUUGAUACUCGCACAUUUGUGUUGGCAGCUUUGGAAAAAAAAAAAAAGUAAAUUUGUUGGCCACCACGGAUACAGGCUGUUUGGUUGACCGUCCCUUUUUCAGUAUAGGACUAAGGUUGAGACCAACACACUACUGCAUUCCUUUUGGCUUUCAGAUUUUCAUAGCUAGUGAUGAGUUUUGAGAGUAUAAUAUAGGCUAAAAUAGAUUCUUAAGCCUAUUUCAAUGUAAAAUGGGCUAUAGUAUGAGGUGAGUAGUUAUUAUAAGUUUUGCAGCGGAGAUCCUUCGGCCUUCAGUUCAUUUCUUUAUCGGGGUAGUCUUGUAGAAUUUUAUCUGAAUAUGGGAUUCAGCUUAAAAGACAGCUUGCCUCAUGAUAUUGUGAUGUACGAGCAUUGGUGUA